AUGCAUGUCAUUGAUUUGAAAGGAAAGUCUCAAUUGGCCAUGUCCGAAUUGGAGCUUGUGAAAGAAAACACGCAGCAUUCCACGGAAUCUCUAGCUGAAGAUGAGGCCUCCCCUAAACCAUCGAGUGUGGUGAGCUCAAAUAGCAGUGUGGUGUCAGCAAACACGUCCAAGCGUAUGGCUGCCAUUGGCAAAGCAGAAUAUCGUCAGCAAGAGAAUCCUCAUUUCAUCAUUUGUGUCUCGUUAACAGGUAUCAAUGUUGUCUUAUCCGGAUUUAAUGUGAAGCUGUUUUCAAAGGAGUGUAAGGAUAUCAAGGUCAUUCGAAGCGAAAUUAUCCAUUCUCACAAUGGUGUUUGUCUUUGUUUGGUUUUGGAUAAUGGAAAGCUUGCUUUUUACUCACUUCCUACGCUUGGUUUGAUGCUUGAAAUGAACCUGCCCAAGAACUGCUUGUUGGAAAGAUUGCAUGAAUGUUCUCUUAGUCAAGACGGCCGUAUUCUCUUCUGGACUGGAAAAUACGAAAUGGAACAAUUUUCAUUUAUCCCUAAGCCUGAUUUUCCUGCUGGAGACUCUGUCAUUUUGUUUGACUCUCAAAAAGCCAUUGCCAGUCAUCCCUCCUUGAUCAACCAACAGCAACGACCUAAGAAGAGCUGGCUGGAUACUGUGGCAGGAGCUUUCACCAGAGAACCAUUGACUUUACCUGAACUUGAAUUAUUAAUGGGUCGAACUCCAAUGGAAGAUCCUAAAGAAAUCAGACAACAAAAGAUCGAAGCAUACAAGGCCAAACAAUACGAGCCUAGUCCCAGUAAAGGCGUGUUUUCUCAGUUAGGGGACAAGAUGAAUGAACGUGGCGAUAAAAUCAAUGAGUUAGAUAAAAAGUUCGAAGAUAUGAAUGCUGCUUCAGGAGAUUUCUUAAAAUCCGUCAGGGAAUACAAUGAGCGACAAGAACGUAAAAAGUGGUGGGAAUUCUAA